GGGCAGGGCUGGGUCCGGCCCCUGCCCGGCGGGGCCAUGGCGCUGCGGGCCCGGGCGCUCUAUGACUUCAGGUCGGAGAACCCGGGGGAGAUCUCGCUGCGGGAGCACGAGGUGCUGAGUCUCUGCAGCGAGCAGGACAUCGAGGGCUGGCUCGAGGGGGUCAACAGCCACGGCGACCGCGGCCUCUUCCCGGCCUCUUACGUGCAGGUGAUCCGGGCUCCGGCCGCCGAGCCGCCCGCCCCUGCCGCCGGGGCCCGCUACGCCAACCUGCCCCCCGGCGGCUUCGAGCCCCUGGUGCCCCCGGCUGCCUUCAGCGCGCCCGUCCAGCAGCUCCCCCCUCCGGCGGCGGCCGAGCCCUUCCAGCUGCCGCCCGCGCCCUACAGCGGCUCCUACCAGCCCGGCCAGGGCAGCGACGACGACUGGGACGAUGACUGGGACGACACCUCCACGGUGGCGGACGAGCCCGGCGUACUGGACAGCUCCUACCCGGACUACGAUGCGGCGGGGGGCGGCGGCCCCGCCUCAGCCCGGUACCGCCUCUCCACGCGCUCGGACCUCUCGCUGGGCUCCCGCAACAGCCAGCAGCCCGGCCACCCGCACCACCACCCCGGCGGCGGGGCCAAGAGCUCAGCCACGGUGAGCCGCAACCUCAACCGCUUCUCCACCUUCGUGAAGUCGGGCGGGGAGGCUUUUGUACUGGGCGAGGCCUCUGGCUUCGUGAAGGACGGGGACAAGCUGUGUGUGGUGCUGGGCCCCUGGGGGCCCGAAUGGCAGGAGAACCCCUACCCCUUCCAGUGCUCCAUCGAGGACCCCACCAAGCAGACCAAAUUCAAGGGCAUGAAGAGCUACAUCGCCUACAAGCUGGUACCCAGCCACACCGGGCAGCAGGUGCACCGCCGCUACAAGCACUUUGACUGGCUCUACGGGCGCUUGGCAGAGAAGUUCCCUGUCAUCUCUGUGCCCCACCUGCCUGAGAAGCAGGCCACGGGCCGCUUUGAGGAGGACUUUAUCUCCAAGCGUCGCAAGGGCCUGGCUUGGUGGAUGGACCACAUGUGCAGCCACCCGGUGCUGGCUCAGUGCGAUGCCUUCAGGCACUUCCUCACCUGCCCCAGCACCGAUGAGAAGGCCUGGAAGCAGGGCAAGCGCAAAGCUGAGAAGGACGAGAUGGUGGGCGCCAACUUCUUCCUGACCAUCAGUGUCCCCACCGGCCCUGCAGCUGUCCUGGAUCUACAGGAGGUGGAGAGCCGGGUGGAUGGCUUCAAGAGCUUCACCAAGAAGAUGGAUGAGAGCACCAUGCAGCUCACCCACACCGCCAAUGAGUUUGCCCGUAAGCAGGUCACUGGUUUCAAGAAGGAGUACCAGAAGGUGGGGCACUCCUUCAAGGGCCUCAGUCAGGCCUUCGAGCUGGACCAGCAGGCCUUUUCUGCCAACCUCAACCAAGCCCUUGCCUUCACGGGGGAAGCUUACGAUGCCAUUGGGGAAUUCUUUGCAGAGCAGCCCCGACAGGACCUUGACCCUGUGAUGGAUUUGUUAGCACUAUAUCAGGGGCAUCUGGCCAACUUCCCAGACAUCAUCCAUGUCCAGAAAGGAGCCCUUACCAAAGUAAAGGAGAGUAAGCGGCAUGUGGAAGAAGGGAAGAUGGAGGUCCAGAAGGCUGAUGGUAUUCAAGAUCGCUGUAACAUUAUUUCUUUUGCCACCUUGGCAGAAAUUCAUCAUUUCCACCAAAUUCGAGUGAGGGACUUUAAGUCACAAAUGCAACAUUUCUUAAAACAGCAAAUACUUUUUUUCCAAAAAGUGACGCAAAAGUUAGAAGAAGCUCUUCACAAGUAUGACAGUGUUUAAUCUCCUAACUUUGAAUUGUGGACUGUUCAGAGUAUGAGAGUGAUUUAAGCAGCAGAGUCAAAAUCGCUGUUAUAGAGGAACUGUUGCCAACUGUUGGUGGUACAAGAAUGGUUUUGUGUUCAUCUGGAGUCCCAGCUGAAUCUCUAAUUAAGUUAGAAGGAAAUGGUUAAUAUGACUAUGUAAUAGAAACAGUACCACACAUUGUAACUAAGUUAUGCUGUUUAUGCCUACACUACCAUUGUAACUUUUUUGAAAUAAUGAUUAUACUAUUUGCCUUAUUGCUUUUUGAAGUAUGAUAUUUUAGUACAUACUUUGUAGACCUUGAAACCUUUUGGGUCUUUAAGAAAGCUGGCUAGAUAAAAGCCUGCUUCAGAUGCCUUUUUAUUCUCCUAGAUUUGGAUUUCCUAAAUUGAACCAAUUCUCUGUUUACAAACUCCUGCUAGAGCAGCUAUGCGACUUUGUGCCUUUAGACUUUUGAUUUUUCCUUUUCUAGUAAGCCACAUUUUUAUGACUGAAUGAAGGGUUGGUGCCUGUGACAGGAACAGAUUGUGAAAUCUCAUAUUGACUGAAAUAAUCAGCUGCCACCAUCUAAUUGGCACAGCAAGUAUUGUCCUGUGAUAAAUGUUGGCUCAAAAAAGCAGGAUUUAAAAUCAAUUCACACUUUCUUAGAAUUGAAAAUGAAGACUAUUUAUUACAUUUGCCAGAACCUUAAAAAUACAAGUGAAGAGUACAGCACCAGUGUAUUCCCUUUCUUACCAUGAUUACAUAGUGAGGAAUUUUAUGUUAGAAUACAUUAUUGUGAGUAGAGACUGGAGACCUAAUCUAAUGGAAGCAGAGGAAUGAAAUGUGUCAAGGGAUCGUGUAUACAGGCAAAGUGACUAGCACUUGUUUGUGUACUUGAUAGCUGGAGAUGAUUGCUCAUUGUUUGGCUGUUGGUUCAGUGUAAAUUCAAAUACAGACCUACAUGGUCAAUUGAGACUCUACUGUGAUUCACUGGUUUAUUCAGUCACAAAUUUUCAGGGAUGUUCAGUGGUAUAAAUGGUUUGAAAGCAGUCAUGGCUGAACUGACUAGGAAACAGGAAGCAUUUCUUAUGUUUAUAACACCCAGUUAGAAAUUAACUAAACGAUUGUCUUACUUUUUUGUAUAAGGAUUUUUGCAAAGUUGAUUGUGUGUAUACACACACAAACACUGUCUCAAAAUAACAGUUGUCUGAGCUAAACCAAGGAAAUCAGACUGAACUUUAUCCUUAACCUACCAGUUCACUUUCUGAAGAUCACUAUGAGAAUAUUUUUCCUUUAUCUUGUCUCCUUCCUGUAAACAAAAACCAACGAAACUGAAUUUAAUUUACACACACGUAAAGAGCUAUCUUAAAACAAACAAAAACCAGGAAACUAGGCAGUUGGGGUAUCAUGCAAAUGGGGGUCUCUGGAGGGAGCGGUCAGAGAACAAGGAACGGGGGGGCCAAAGCAAGUUUGAUAUAACGCGAUCUCACCUAUAACAUGGUGAGAUUUUUGGUCUCCCGAGGGUCGCGUUAUAUCGGGGUAGACGUCUACUUAAGAGAGUGGUGGGUUAGGUUUGGAGUUUCAGCCUGUGCUUGGUUAAGCCAGAUACUGUUUUAAUAAAUAUUUAUGUGGUAAUUAAUUAUAUGAGGCUGUAGUCAAAUUCAUUCAGCUUCAGCAGUUAAAAGACUUCUCAGAAAAUUACAUUAGUCCAAUUAAAGAUUUUAGGAACUUAACAGUACUGAAAUGUUCAUAUCCAAGAGAAAAUGAAGCUGUUAUAUUAUAUACAGUACAACAUCAGAACGGUACAGUUUCCACAAAUAAACUGUCAUGCCCUUCCUCUCA